AUGCUUGCAGGUUUACUCUUUCUUCUCCUCACAGGGGGAAUUACCUUCAGUUACUCGGAUCAACCAGAGCUUCAUGAUGAUCAACAAAAGUCCAAUCAGACCCUUGAGGAAGGUGGAAGUCCCUCCGAUCACUCAGAACAGUUAGAGCUUCAACAGAACUUCAGUCAGAGCUCUGAGAAAGACGGGGAGUCCUCUAAAAGUAGCUGUGGUUAUCGAGAUGUUUUAAAGUACUUGAACUUGACCAAAAAUGAGCUGCAGACCAUGACCCUGCCUGUUAGAAACUAUAAGUCGUCCAUGAAAAUACAACUUGCUGUACUACUCAAUGGCAUUCUUGAUGUGAAAGAGAAGGACCAGAAAUUUGUCUCGUACAUCUCUACAUUUAUGUUUUGGAAUGAUGAAUACAUUCGUUGGGACCCUGACGACUUCUGUGGAAUUGACACGAUUUAUAUUUCUACUGAAGCAUUGUGGAAGCCAGAUCUAAUUAUUGAACAGAUGAUAGAGAAAGGCGAAGCCCCUGGGAGUCCCUAUCUUAUGGUCACAUAUGAAGGCAGUGUCGUUUUUAAGAAGUGCAUGGUGGUGGUCAGCACCUGCAGGAUGCAAGUUUACAGAUUUCCGUUUGAUGUUCAGAGCUGCAACCUCACUUUCAAGUCUUCCAUACACUUUGAUGACGCACUACAGAUUGAAGAGGUCCUCAACUCUUCAGUAACCUCAGAGUGGUCUCACGAGAUGAUUCAGACUCAGUCCGAGUGGGUGUUCAUCGACAUGAUCGUCAGCAAGGAAACUGUCUACAAUCAAAGCAGCGUCAUUUACACUAUCAUCAUGAAGAGGCGGUCUCUUCUUUACGUGGUUAACUUCCUGCUGCCCAUUCUGUUCUUCAUGUGUCUGGACUUGGCCGCCUUCCUGAUUUCGGACAAUGGGGGCGAGAAGCUCAGCUUCAAGGUCACUGUGCUGCUGGCCGUCACUGUUAUGCAGCUUAUUCUCAACGACAUCCUGCCUUCCUCUUCAAACAAGAUUCCACUGAUAGCGGUCUACUGCAUCGGGAUGUUUACUUUAAUGAUGCUGAGCUUAAUGGAGACGAUUGUGGUGAUGCAUCUGGUGGAAAAAGACUCUGCAUCCCAAGAAAACGAGGCAGAUAAAGACCAAAGCGUGUUUGAGGACUAUGGAGACCAACAGAACAAAGUCUGUUGUAGAGAGGUCAAGAAAUUACACUGUAUGAGUAUCUGCGAUGUGUCUCCUGGUGAAACUCCAUCUGAGCGGCCAUCAGUGACCGAACACGUUAGCAGCAACCGACUGACAGAGUGCCAUGACUCGGAAAAACUCUCAGAUGAGCUGAAUGACGCGGUGAAAACUAUGACUCUGGUCCUAAACAACAUGGACAGUGACAGCAAACCAAAACAGAGUUACCGUGGCAACCUUCAGAGCUGA